AUGGAGACACCUCCGUUCUUGCGACUCGCUGCCGAGACUCGUGACCAGAUAUAUGCUUACUUACUCUCAACCAAGUACACCAAGCACUACCCCAGGGAAGAAGACCCAGAAUGGGAGUAUAACUAUGACUUAACCAAAGACUUCGACUGCACACCUCGUCCUACACAUGUUUAUCGUUUCCACCCCGGAAUCCUAGGGGCCAAUCGCCAGAUUAACCGGGAGGCCAGCUGUGUCCUAUACGAUCAGAACAUGUUUGUGGAGGUGACAUCUGACCUCACAGAUUGGAACGUCGACUUUGAAUGGCUUGGGGUGCCGAUUGUUGCAGAAGGUGCGAUAGCAUCUGGCUUUGUCUAUAGUGUCUUGCACAUCAAAGUCGAGCUGGAACACCUUAUCCACUACCAGGAUAAACAUCCUUUUCAGCGUAUCUUCGCCGGAGCUGAUCUGCCAGCCUUUUGCACUGCGUUACUUCUUGGUGGGGAAUCGUCAAAGGCCAUCUAUGAGAGCACGCUCUUAGUCAACCUGCACUGCAAUACAACAGCUGAAACAAGCCCAAACCGUGCUUCCUUCACCAUACCGCAAGUGAAAAGCUUGCUAGAACCUCUUCGCAUUCUCCACAGCUUUCAAUCCACCAAAAUCACCGGAUCUUUGGACGAACAAUACAAGACAGAGCUAUGCCUGGACAUCUGCAAAAAGGCCCCCAGCCUCCAAGAACGCUCGUUCAAGGUGCGAGAUAAGAUCCGAGAAGGCGACGAUGUCUUCAACGCCCGAAAUACUAAACCUAAAGACCUUUUCCGUCAGGCCAUCAGACUCUACGAAGCCGCCAUGACCGACCUGAAAAACUCAUGCUCCAUAUUCGACCGGCCUGUGCGGAUGUUGGGGAACCCUAUCUCAUUUUCCACCGCUGGAAGCGACUUCCACCACGUCUAUACAAACAUUGUAUUCAGCCUCCGCAUCAGGCUGGCAGCAGCUCACGCCCAACUGGAACAGUACGAACAAUGUCGCAAAUGGAGCGGACGGGCGGUGAGGACCAUCGACCAGGAUGGGGGUCCACCCGACAUCGACCACGAGGCCGAUCUCAGCUCGAUGCAGAAAGCGGUGGACAUUGCACCCCAUCUGGAAGAGGAGUUGAAACUGUUCGAGGAUGACGAGAGGAAACACAGAGAGAGACAGCUGAGGACGGUCAGAGAAGUUCUAGCUCUGGCAGGGAAGGGUCUGGACAGGGAUGGACGCAAGAAGAGGUAUGGACAGCCGUUCGUGAUGAGAUAUCCUGCGGACUUUGAUAGAGUCAAGAAAAGUUCUUAG